AUUCACCAUAUUCAACCUUUAACCAUUUGUUGUGACAAUUUUACCCAAAUGUUUGCUUAUAAUUUUAUUUACCGGUUAACUUGAUCAUUACAUUGUUACCAUUUCAAUAAACUGUUCAACCAUUGGAAAUAAUUUGAGGCAAUGACUUUGAUUCAGGUUGAAUCAAAUGACCGUACAAUAGGAUAUCAUCACAACGAAUCUCAAGUUAAAGAUCGACCUUUCGUAAGCUUUGUCCUUCUUUCACUUUCCAUUUUCCUAAUUAUUGCAUUAUUACCGUUAUCACUUCUCUUCGUGGUUGAGAUAAUCAAAGAGUACGAAAGAGCAGUUGUAUUCCGGUUAGGUCGACUUAAAAAAGGUGGUGUUGAAGGACCAGGGGUUCAUGUACUCAUUCCUUGUAUUGAUACACUGAGUAAAGUAGAUUUGAGAACAAUAACAUUUGAUGUUCCACCCCAAGAGAUUUUAACAAGUGACUCUGUAACGGUGUCUGUUGAUGCUGUUGUUUAUUUCCGAAUAUGUAAUCCUAUUUUCGCUGUGACAAAUGUUCAAGAUUAUCGUCGAUCAACUCAACUAUUAGCUGCUACAACCUUACGGAAUGUUCUUGGUGGUAAAAGUUUGUCUCAAUUGCUAAGUGAACUUGAUACAAUCAGUCAAAUAUUAAAAUCAAAUUUGGAUACAACCACAGAAUCAUGGGGAGUUAAAGUUGAACGAGUUGAGAUUAAAGACAUUCGCUUACCGACCCAGUUACAGCGUGCAAUGGCAGCGGAAGCAGAGGCAAUGAGAGAGGCUCGGGCAAAGGUCAUUGCAUCUGAAGGUGAACAAAAGGCAUCUCGAGCUUUGAGGGCAGCAUCAGAAAUUAUGGUCGAAUCGCCUGCAGCUUUGCAAUUACGUUAUCUUCAAACACUGAACACAAUUGCGGCAGAAAAAACGUCUACCAUUAUUUACCCGAUUCCGAUUGACAUGUUCAGUGCUUACAUUGAUUUUCAGGAAAAAGAUAAAGUAACUAAUCCUAAAGCCUCAUCAUCAACUUUACCCACUCUGAGUUCAUCAACUGUAGCAACAACUGUCAUUGCAUCUGAUGGCGAACCAAGUUCAUCGAGUUAAUUAAAAAUGAUGAAAAAGAGUUGAUUUUGUGAUAAUUACAGACAUAAAACGAUAAUAACAAUCACUAAUUUCAAUAUUAUUUAUGUUAUUAAGUAAUAGUGUAAUAUCAUUUUUUAAUUCAACAAGUUUGCUGCUCAUCAAGAUUACUGUUAAUCAACAAAUAAACCAUUAUCCAAUUAA